AUGGCCGCUCUGCGCAGUGUUCUUUCACGGCAGAAGGUCAAUAGCUUCUGUGCCGUGGGAUCUGAGUUGCUGAAUGGACCUGUUUGCCUUUCUCGCGCCGUGUGGGAGGUGGCCCUAGACGACCUCGAAACGGCACGGUGCAACCCCUCCGUUUUGCCACCCCUGGAUUCCUUAUCCGUUCAAUCUAUCAGUGAGUCUGUGCGGCACUAUCAUGCCGUGUACGCACGGUGCGUACAGCUGUUAGUGGUGCCACUCCAUCGCUGGCGGCAGUGGCAUGAAGGGCUAUGCUUUUUCAUAGGAGAGUCAGGACGCGAUGAGACAGGCGGCCUUGCCGCGUUGUGCCGUCAGCUGAUGGUGUCUCAGCGAGAGUGUUUCGCAGUGGCCUUUUGGGGGUGCUGGUCGAGUGUUGCGGUGCGCCUAGAGUCUCUCUCAGAGCAAAUCGCGUCACAAACACUUUCUGCCGCAGAUGAUGGGGCAAAGAAUGGCAAUGAUAAUGACGAUGAUGCAACAGUGUCCGGUGAUGCGGAGAAUGACGAUGUCGUGGAUAAAUGCAUUGUGCGCUUGCGGAAAAGAUACUUCUUGGAGCUUUACCAGUUCCAGAGGCUCGCACACGACGCCGCGCACCUCUUCAACUCUUACGGUUUAGUUGGGAAGGCUGAACGUCAGUGGCUUACUGAUGCUGUGCUGCUACAGCACGAUGAAGCUGCAGCGGAGGCGCUCCUGCGACGCAGUUUCAAGCGUGAUUUCGGCGUGCCAUGCACUGAGCUCGACAGUGGGGUAUUGUUCGAGGAGUACAAGGCCUUUGAAGUGAAUGAACGCAAGGACCGAGAGAUGCGAAAGAGGUCCCAGGAGACUCUUAAAGGUACGUGGUGUUCAAGGGCCCGUGAUGUUUCCGAGCACGAGAUGAAGCAGAAACAGGACUCGUCGCAAGAGCAUCUGUGCGAUGACCGCGGUAAAGAGAUUUUGGACAAUCUUGUGGAGUGUCUUCGUCGCAACGAGAGCAAACCUGAUUUGGCUUUUGCUGUGACGAUGUGCCGCAUAGUGGAGAAGGAGGUCUUUCCUGCGUCAGUGAACCUUGCGCGUCUUGAGUUCGCUCUAAAUCUUCUGCAGGAGUGGUUUGAGACAUACGCCAACGAGCGGCACCCUGGCGACAUCCCACUUCUCCUCGACGCUGAUCUGUGGAAGUUUGUGUUGGAGCGGCACACGGAGCUUCUGAAAUGGGCUGUGAUGCACUAUUGCUGCGAUGACGCCACAGUAGAUCCUCUGCUCUCAAUUGACGCCAUCAUGUCAGUAAGUUUCUCAGUUCUGCACUGCCUCGACGUGUACCUCGUGUCUGUAGUUCGUAAGCGCACACCUGGCGACCCUAAAAAAGAGCUAGAGGCGAGACAGAAGGUGUCUAACUGGGUGCAGCAGACCGUUGUGAACUUGUUUCUUAGUGGCGUUCUAAACUUCUGUUCGGAAUCUAUAACGACUGGCUCAUUUUCUGUGGCGUUCAUCACAUCUCGUAUCGCUGUUGCAAAGGCACAACUGUUGAUUCUUUGCGACGCCUUAUCGUUGGCUAUGGAUGCACGGCAGCUGCUCCUCCCCACCAUACAGCCAGCCUUUGAGGAGAUGGGCAGACUUCAAAAGGAUGCUGACGUGGCGGAUUUGGUGCGAUGGGUGAUGUGCAUGAUCAGCGUACUGAGCAUGCUUCGCCGCACGCUGCUCUACUCCACAAAUGUGAGUGACACACCCGAUGAACUGGUGCUUACCUUGCAUGGACACUACCAAACCCUCCAGCGUCUAGCACCUUCUUUGGUGGCGAACCUUGUCUGUGAUGCGUGGCUUGACUUCAUGUUGUGUGAAGGGAGGCGCUCCGGUGCAGGGCGGCGAAGGAUGUUGCUUGACAUUACUCGUGUUCGGUGUUCUCUGCUCGAGCCAUGUCAGAGCGUGAAGGAAGGCGAGAAAGUUGUGAAGCAGAAACGCCCACGCGAGGAGUGA